UAAUACCUAGACAUCUAGGUAGGUUACAUAGGGAGAGUGGGGCAUUCACUGCAAUCAAUCAACUGGUCAUUCAUCCCCUCUGCUCUUUCUUAUUUUUCUCUUUUCAUCAUAGCAAAACUUCUGCUAGGGUUUCUCUGAUUGAACCUGUAUUGGCUUCUUUGAGGGUUGAGAUAACAAAAGAUUCCAUUCUUUUCUUCCACUAAAUAUUUGUCAGUUCAGAUCUUACCCUCAAAGAGAGUUCAUAAUGGUGAGAGGAAAAACUCAAAUGAAACGCAUCGAAAAUGAGUCAAACAGACAAGUAACUUUCUCAAAGAGAAGAAAUGGACUGCUUAAAAAGGCCUUUGAACUUUCAGUGCUUUGUGAUGCUGAAGUCGCACUCAUCGUCUUCUCUACCACAGGGAAACUCUAUGAGUUUUCUAGUUCAAGUAUAAGCAAGACAGUGGAACGCUAUCAAGGGAAAGUCAAGGAACUGGUUCUCAGCACCAAAGGAAUCCAAGAAAAUACACAGCAUCUAAAGGAAUGUGAUAUCGACACAACAAAGAAGUUGGAACACCUAGAACUUUCCAAAAGGAAGCUGUUGGGAGAAGAAUUGGGUUCAUGUGCUUUUGACGAAUUACAACAGAUUGAAAAUCAACUUGAACGUAGCUUAAGCAAAAUAAGGGCAAGAAAGAAUCAAUUGCUCAAGGAGCAAAUUGAAAAGCUAAAAGACAAGGAAAGGUUACUUCUUGAAGAAAAUAAACGCUUAUGCAAGCAGUGUGGAAUUGGACAAAAUGAUUGUUUAAAUAAACAACAAGAAAGUGUGCAUGACGAGGAGGUGGAGACAGAAUUGUUCAUAGGGCGACCAAAGAAAAGAAUGAAUUGAGAGCUGAAACCAGCAACAUAAGAAGAAUAUAAUUAACAUUGAAAGUUAAUAAUGUCUAUAUAAAUAAAUAUUCAUCCGCAUUGAAAGUUUAUGUUAUAUCUAAUUAAAUACGUAACUUUUGUUGUACUGCAUCAAUAAUAUUAAUCACAACGUACGAUGCUUGUGAACGUUGUUUGUCAGAUAAUAAUCUAACUCAUAUAUCAAUUGUUAAUUUUUGUUUUGAUAA